AUGAAGCGUGGCCGGAGCUCCACAUUGCGGAGAGGCUGCGACAUGCUCAAUCGAACUCAUUCAAGCACCAUCCGACGACAUCAACAUCGCGACUUUGUUUCUGCCAACAUGUCGCCCGUCAUGGCUGAGCCUGUGGUGCAGACCAUCUAUAGGGAUCCUGCCCUAUUCUACUGGAUCCUGCUGCCCAUCACCGUCAUCCUCACUGGUAUCUUGCGACACUACCUUUCGACUCUUCUACAGUCCGCCCCUAAGCAGCAAGCCAUCAAUCAAGUGCGCCAACAGCGUUCGCUCAUGCGCGGUGUCAACCUUCGCAACAACUACCAGCAGCUCUCUCCCUCCUCGUUCGCUGCUCGCAAGGCAUACAUGAUCCAAGCCUACAAAGACGGAACUUUCCUCGCCGAGCCUGACAUGCGUGGUCAGCCCAAGGGCAANCCCCAUGGCCGACCCUGCUGCUAUGGAGGGCAUGAUGGGAAUGAUGAAGGGNNCCAGGUCGCCAUGAUGGUCCCUCAGAGUCUGAUCAUGGGCUGGAUCAAUGCCUUCUUCUCUGGAUAUGUCAUCAUGAAGCUUCCCUUCCCUCUGACUCCUCAGUUCAAGUCUAUGUUGCAGUCCGGUGUUGGUACCAGAGACCUCGACGUCCGAUGGGUUUCGAGUUUGUCUUGGUACUUCUUGACCCUCUUUGGUCUGCAGCCCGUCUACAACUUCAUCCUUGGCAGUAACAACGGUACGUCUCCUCGCUGUGCUCUUGUCCUAUUAGUAACUGACGAGAUAUACNNAGCGGCCAGUCAGGUCACGCAGCAGAUGGCUCAGGCUCAGAUGGGAGCCAACCCUAUGGGUGGUCAAGAUCCCGACAAAGAUUUCCUGAACGAAGCAGAAAACCUCGAGGUGCUCGAGCAUCACUGCCUUCUCGAUGGCGUCGAGGACAGAUUGCUGUCCAGUGUAGCAUAG